AGUCACUAUCGUGACCAGUUGUGAGUUUGUGACUACUCUCUCAUCGUUCUCUGUGUCGUGUGUUGUGUUUUUUAUGUUAUUAAAAUAUACAUUAACUUUAUAUAUUCAACUCAUCAAAUAAAUAUUAUCGUAAUUAUCAAGACACUCCAACACAAGUUAUUGUGAUAACAACAAUGACAAUAUAUUUUCAUCGCUAAAUAUUUUUUAUUUUUGAUAAAUAAUUUUAUAGUUGCUCUUACAAUAUUAGAAAGUGUUUAAUUAUCAUUUGAUGAUAGUUGAUAAAUAAUUAAAGUUAAUCAAAUUAAUUUAAAAUAAAUUUUUUUAUCUGAAAUAAAUAUAUUAAAAAGUGAGUAAUUGUGAAUUUUUUUUUCAAGUGUUUAUGUUAUAUUUUUGGAUUGUUUAAAAAAAUUGGUGAAAUUGUUUAAUUUGAAUAUAUUAAUAAUUUUUAUUUACAUUGUUAAAUAAUGAGUCAUUUGAGAAAAAAAAAAAAACAAUGAUUGACAUUUUUUAUUUCCUUGCAUUAUUCUGAGAAAAAUAAAGAAAAACAAAAGUACACAGAGGGAGUUGUGGCGCGAAAAAUGUGGCGCGAAAAAUCAAAUCAAUUAUAACUAUUUUGUUUGCCAUAUAAUAAAUAAAAAAUAUUUAUUUAUUUUUAAAAAAUUACUGGGUAAUUAUUUAAUUAUUACAUUACAAGUUUUUCAUAAAAUAUAUUGUUGUUAUUUGAUUUUUAAAUUAAUGAAAUUUUAGAAAAAUUAAAAUUUGAAAGAAAAAAUUUUUUUUGUUGAUAUUAAAAUUUUAUUAUCGUGUGUGUUUAUUGACGAUGAACUCAGGGAUAAUAUUAUUGUUGUUAAUAAAUAUACGUUAAAAUUAAAGAAUAUAAUAUUGUAAAAUAUUUAUUAAAAAUAAUUAAUUAAAAAUCAAAAAUAUGAGUAUUUUUUUUGAGCAAUAGUGAAAAAAAUAGUGAAUAUUUAAGACAAAGUGUAAUGAACCUCAUCGAUUGUUGUGUGACAAUAAAUGGAUUAUUAAAUACUAAAAUUGUUAUUAAUAAAGUUAUUAAUAAGGAUAUUGAACAAAUGGAUCUAACUACACCAAGACGUCCGACCGACGGCGUUUCUGAUUUACAAAAAACAACAAAUAAUCAACAUCGUGUUGCUAAAAGUGUUUUUAGUAUUCGCAGUCUUGUUGAUGUUGAGGAUGCUGAUAAUUUACAACAAGAACAUAUACAACAUACCGAGAAUUCAGGGCGUGGCAGCAGUGAGGCCGUCUCACAGACAAGCCCUGCAAGCAGCAACAGUAGUUUAAAUACAAAUCAACAACAACAUAAAAAUCAACAACAUCAACAAAUUGGACAUAUUGGACAUAUUCAAAUUCAUCAACAACAAACACAAUUAAAUCAAAAUCAAAUGGGUAUUUCAACAGCUGAUGAUACACGUGGUGAUGAUGAUGGUCAUCAUCAACGUGCUGCACCAACAAGUCCAGAAAGUGAAGCUGAAAAUGAUGAUUUUCAACCAAAAAGAAAACAAAGAAGAUAUAGAACAACAUUUACUAGUUUUCAACUUGAAGAAUUAGAAAAAGCAUUUUCAAGAACUCAUUAUCCUGAUGUUUUUACAAGAGAAGAACUUGCUAUGAAAAUUGGUCUUACUGAGGCUCGCAUUCAGGUCUGGUUUCAAAAUCGUCGGGCUAAAUGGCGGAAGCAGGAAAAAGUUGGUCCCCAAGGUCAUCCAUAUAAUCCAUAUUUAAAUGCUGGUGGAGCACCACCAUCAUCAGUUGUUGCACCAACAUUACCAAAUCCAUUUGCACAUUUAGGAGGUUUUACAUUGCGUAAACCAUUUGAAGCAUUUAGAUAUCCACCACUUGGUCAUGGUCCAAUGCUUGGUGCUGGUUAUCCAAGUCAUCAUUAUCAUCGUGCCCAACCACCAUUAUUACCACCAGGAAUGUCAAUGUCAUAUCCAUCAGCAGCAUCAUUUCAAUCAUUAUUAGCAUCAAUGUCUGCUGCACAAAGACCAAAAACAAUAAGAACUCCACCACCAUCAGCACCACCACCUUCAUCACAACAACAACAACAACAACCAUCAUCACAGCCAUCAUCACAAACACAUCAACAACAUUCACCUCAACCUGUUGUGCCAUCAAUUUUAUCAGCACCAUCAAUUAUUAAUUUACCACCAUUAUCAGUAACAACAACUGGAACAAGUUCACCAGCUGGUUCACCAAAUAGUGGUGUUGAUCUUGACAGACGAUCAAAUAGCAUUGCAUCACUUCGUAAUAAAGCCAGGGAAUAUGAAAUGCAUCUUCAUGGAAUGCUUAGAAAAAAUGGUGAUCCAAUUAGUUGAAGGAUUUUAAAUAUUUUUUGUUGGUUUUUUUUUUUUUUUUAAUAAUAAUAAGAUAAAAAUUAUAAAUUUUGAAAUUGAGCUAUUUUUUUUUCUCUUUUGUUUGGAUGAAUAUUGAUUUUGAUAUAUUAUCACCAAAAGCAGGGCUAUCUGGUGGAUAAUUAAUUUGAUGAUUUAAUAUAACUUUUGUAUUGGAAAAAUUUAAAAUUAAUAAUUAACAUUUUUUUUUUUAUUUUCUACGUUAUUUUAUUUUUUUUUUUCUUUGUUUGCUCAAUUUCAUUGUUAAUUAGUGUUUUUUUUUUUUUUUUACUCUUAUUAUUAUUGUUUUUAUUUUUUAUAAUAAUUAUUAUUUUCUUUUUCUUUUUAUAAAUUUACUUAAAAGUGAUUUUUUUUUUUAUAGUUUGUAAGUUUUUUUUUAUGGAAAUAUUUUUUUGCCUUUUUUUUUUUUAGAAAAAAAAAAGUUUAUUUAUCACAGUGGAACUGUAUAAACAAAAUUAAUUUCCUGGACUUGAUUAAAUCAUUGUUCUUCUUUUUAUAAAAAAGAAAAAUUUAUUAAUGAAUUGGAUAUUUGGGUAUGCAAAAUGUCCAGCUAGCUAGUGAAAUUUUUGAUCGUUUGAGGAUAAUUAUAAUAGUUAUAUAAUUAAAUAAAUAAACAAACAUAUCUCAUCAUUGUGAUGAAAAAAAUUAAUGAUGAAAAUGCUUCAAAGCAAUAUAUAUUUAAUUAUAAAUUUAAUAUUAAAAAUUAUUAUUUACGUACUUAUAUGUUCAAAAAUAUUUAUACUUAAAAUAUUAAACAACAAUUAAAUAAUAAUUACAUUGUUACAUAAUAAAUAAAUUUUUGCAAUAAGUUUAAAAAAAUAAAUAAAUACAAAUAUCAAUUUUAAUUUUAAAAUAUAAAAAUAAAAACGACUAUAAAAAUGUUUAUAAUUUUACAUAAUGUAAAUAUUAUUAUUAUUAUUAUUAUUAUGUUUUUUUUUUUUUUAAUUUGUGUAUUAGUUUCUUUUUUUUUUUAAUUAAUUUUACUUGUAUCUUUGAAAAAACUUGAACGCAAAAAAAAAUAAAUAACAAUUGCAAAAAAAAAAAAAAACAAUAUAACUGCAUGGAAAAAAAAAA